UCGAUAGUAGAAGUCUCUCAUGUCAAAGAAUGAUGUGCGUUCAUUUGAAGAAUGAAUCAGUUUGCAAGCAGUCUAGUAUAGCACACUUGGGUGGAGGGGGUGAUUGUUAAAAGCCACCUGCAGUGUGAAACCAAACCCAUGCAAAUUUAUUCACCAACCCCCAAACAUCGGCAUUGUUUCUUUUCUUGGAGUAUUAGGCCACCCACUCCACCGUAAUUCUGCAGCAAAUAUUGACCAAGAGGGCUCUUGAUCAAGUUGCACCGAAAGAUUGCAUGUGUCUUGUAUCCCAUGGUUCUCCUAUAAAAGGAGAUGAAUUCUGAAGAUGAAAAUCAUCCUCAUUGCGGUGAGAGAUCAAGGGCAGUGGGAGAAAGAAAAACAGAGAAAGAGGGACAUGAGGGAGAGAUGAGAAUUUGUAGAUUUUGUAAAUCUUAUACAAAUUCUAUAAAAGAGGCUCCAGUGGACGUAGGCAAUUUGCUGAACCACUUUAAAAUUAUUUUGUGUGAUUUUCGGACAGGCUAGAGGCACAACACCAGAAAGAUGUGUGUCCAUUUGAAUCUUGUUACAUCCUUAAAUUUUACGCAUAAACGAUUCAGUUAGUGUGGGUCUUGUUAUGCUACAGGAGGGCAUUGUUCAUGUUACAUUGGCAAAGAUAUUAGUUGCUUACGAUGAUGUUCACUACGAGCGGAGUGUGGCAAUGGAUGAAAAUAUAAAAGUGUCUUCGCAAGGAAUGCGUUUGUCAAAGUUCUGUCUGCAACCUGAUACGCCUUCAUCUUGUCGCUUGUUUGAAGCCAUUGUGAGCCAUUGUGUUCCGGUCAUAGCGAGUGAUCAAAUUGAGCUCCCAUUUGAGGAUGAAAUUGACUAUGCCCAAUUCUCAAUAUUCUUCUCCUUCAAGGAGGCAUUGAAACCUGGUUACAUGGUUAAUGAGCUACGGAAUUUUCCAAAAGAGAAAUGGAUUGAAAUGUGGAAGUAGCUUAAGAAAAUCUCCCAUCAUUAUGAAUUCCAGUAUCCCCCAAGAAAAGAAGAAGCUGUCAAUAUGGUAUGAAGGCAGGUUAAACACAAGCUUCUUGGGGUCAAACUUGCUAUACAUAGAAGUCAGAAGUUGAAAGUUCCGAACUAGUGGCGGAGGAAAAGAUGAUUUUUCAAGUUUUGUGAUUUUGUAUAUUUAUACUCAUUUCAUCAUUCAUAGGGACAACCGUUAAUUAAAAGGAAAGAGUCAAAGCUAGUUACAAGCCACAAUUGUCAGUUAAAUCCAAGGGACAGUAAAAUCCAAAGGUUGCUGAUAUUUUUUUUUUUUUUGAUCUUAUUGUUUGGUUUUGGCUCUAUCUUCACUCUAUAUUGAAUGACACUCUCCUCACUCUACAGUGACAUAUUUAGUUA